AUGAAAGAAACCAAAAAACAAACGGAUCAUCAUCACACAAAUAAUAAAAAAUAUAAGAAAAAUUUAUUUGAUAAUUCUUUACCUAAUAAAAAUGCAUUUCUUAAAGCAUUACAUAAACAAUUAGAAGUUGAAGAAGCAUUCAAUAAAGUCAACCAAACAUUAUCACCUCCCAACAUUUUUCAAUUAACUUCCUUACAAGCAUUAGAAUUUUAUAAAAUUUUACAAUCCUCUUAUUCUUUAAAACCUUUUUAUUAUAAUUUAAUGACAUACUUAUUACGUCGAUGUGCCAAUUAUGAUAGAUUAGAUUUGGUGGAAAUUUUCUUUGCUCAAUUUAUACAAGAUAUUAAUGUUAACAAGAAGGAGAAACAUUUAAUUGAAAGAUUUAUGAUAAAGGUUUGGAAUACGUUAUCGGGGAUCUACGCGGAAAAAGGAUUAUUUGAUGAAGUUAGGAUUCUAUACGAAAGAAUGGAUAAUUAUGCCACACGUCCUAACAAUAAGACAUACACGACAUUAAUAAAAUCAACCAAAAAUAUUCAUCAUUGUUUUAUUUACCUGGAAAAAUUGAUUGUCAAAGGUUACAAAAUUAAUCUUGAAGCAUUAAAUUCGGUUCUUCGUUUAUGUUUAAUCUCAUCUUCAACCGGUUCAUAUCGACAAGAAAUUAUUAAAAUUAUCAUGAAACAAAUGUCAAUUUGGGGUAUUAAUCCUAAUGGAGAAACUUUUCGAACAUUAUUACAAAGUUGUCAAAAUUUCGAACAUUUGGAAAAGUUAUGGUCAAAAAUUAUGACAUUGGGAUUUCAUCAUAAUCAAGCGUUACAAGUGGAAAUUAUGAAAAUAUGUUUAAAAUUGGCGUUUCAGGAUGAGGGAAUAAAGAUUGAAAAUAAAUAUAUUCCAACCAAGAAAUUUAUUGAGACAAGGGAAGCGGGAUUAUCAAAAUGUUUAGAUUAUUUAUUAAGAAUGCAUCGUAAAUCACAAGGCGAAAUGGCAAUUGGGGCAUAUAAUAAUUUAUUAAAAGAUUGUAUAUUAAAAGGUGAUAUUGAUAGAGUAAUGAAAAUAUUGGAAAUAAUGUGGUCAAAAAAUUUAGAACCUUCGAUACGAGUGUAUCAACAAUUAUUAGAUAAUCUAGGAAGAUUAUUUGUCAUUCAUUCCAAUAAUAAUAUAAUUAUUCAUCCAAAUAAUUUAUCUCCUCAAACCAUUUUCAUUAAAUCCCAACGAAAAUAUUUAUGGAAAUUAUUAGAAGAAAUGUUUGCCAGACCUAAAACCAGUAUAAUGUCAAAAAGAAUAAUUAAUUCUAUAGUACACGCGUUAGCAAUUUCACAUAUUCCACCAAUAAUAAUAAAUUCAUCACAGGCGUCUCCUUUAUCACAGAAAUUAUUCAAUAAAUUACCAACAUACCUUGAACCGAAUCAAGAAACCAUAGAAACUUUAUUUUCAAAUUUAAGAACAUUAAUUGAUUUUAAAAAAUUUGGAAUUUUCUAUUUUAAUUCCAUGUUAUCAAGAACAUCAGUUAAUAUUACAAAAGGAGGAUUAGAAAAUGUGAUUAUGAAUGUUAUCAAGAAUAAUAUUAUGAAUGAGUGA